AUUAACUGGAAAACUGUCCAAUCAAAUGUUUAUAUUAGCUCCAAUAACAUUCUUACAACAAUAAUUAUCCCAUCAUAAUGACGGUAAGUUGUAGCUAGAAUAGGUGUUGCUGCAGUGAUGCCAAGUCGCAGCAUGGCCCAGGCCACUAAGCCCAAACACAGUUUUUCCAUUGACGCUUUGGUCGGUAAGACCGACAAUGACAGCGGACCUUCUCAGCCUACGGAACCGCUUCUUCCUCAACUGGCUGUUCCUACCUGUCAUUAUUUGGAACCGGUGUGCGGCAGGAGGUAUCCUGAAGCCUCUUUUGCAUCUCCCGCUGGUUCUCCCUUCUUCUUAGCCAGAGAAUCUUAUCCUCUCUAUCCAUGGCUUAUCGGAAGACAUUCUCGUUUUUUGCCUCCGAGAAUCCCAGGGGCAGAUAUGACUGGGUUGUUUCUACAUCCGUUUCGUAAACCAAAAAGAAUUCGUACAGCAUUCUCACCUUCACAGCUUUUAAAACUCGAACACGCUUUUGAGAAGAACCAUUAUGUAGUAGGAGCGGAAAGAAAGCAACUUGCUCAAUGUCUCAGCUUGACAGAAACUCAGGUUAAAGUAUGGUUUCAAAAUAGAAGAACGAAACAUAAAAGGCAACAACAGGAGGAUGAACAAUUAAAAGAUCAAAAACCGAAAACAACACUCCAAGAAGAUAACGAUUCAUCAUCGGAAGGAGGUCAACAAGAAGUUGCUGAAGAUUGGGAACUGGCGUCACAUCCAUCACCAACCACGUGACUACAAAUUUGGACAAUUUAAUCAUAAAAAAACAAAAACAAAAAUUUAAAGAACGAAUCAUCAUUACUGUUGAGCAGUUUUUGAAUAAUAAUAAUAAUAAUAAUAUUAAUAAUAAUAAUAUAAUAAUAAUAAUAAUAAUAAUAAUA